AUAUAAACGUGCGUUUUAAUAUUAUUAGUCAAAUAAUUUAAUAGUUAACUUUCAUUAUAACGACGACUUUUAUUAUAUAUCUUACGACUUCCGGUUUCCGUGUUUCCCAUGAUGCAGCACAGGAGGAUAAAUUCAAACAGUAGAAAUGGAAGAGAGAUCGAGGAUAGAGUUUGAUAGUGCAAACAUGACUGUCAUUAAACUUCGUAACGUCGCCGAGGACAGGAUAAAUAACAGACUUAUACACAUCGAUCAACUCAAAACUCAAGAGGGGGAUUCAAAGAUUUCAACAGAUGGACAGAUAGAGAGGAACAUUUUGUCCCGUGUCGACGAUCCACAAUCUUCUCACGAGUCAGAGGGGCAGGAUGUGUGUAUGCUUGAUAACAUUAGCAAUAAUGAGAGACGUAUAGUUUGUGUGGACUCUUACAAUACUCCAAUAGACAAAGAAAACAUUAAUAACCCAAAAGAGUCAAGAACAGGACAAGGCUGUGAUGGUUCUGGUGUAGGUUGCCAGCAGAGUGCGUCUGAUAGUCAGCCUGGUGGGGAAUCCAGUACAGUGUUUGCACACAAUUUAGAUGAUGAGGAAAUAUUCAGAAGAGCAAAAGAGGAAGGACUGGUGUCUGUUGUUUUCCCAGGACGAAUCACACAGGACGGCUGCUGUAGAUUUGUUUGUGAGCUUCUAAAGUGUGUCCUUUAUCAGCGACAACAGCUGCCCAUGACCUAUGACCAAUUGGUGUUCCUUCAGAAACAGCAGCAUAAUGCCACACAGGCGGAGGGUGUGGUGAACCAUCGGCCUGUAAAGAAUUCAGGAGGUUUGGAUUGGCGUCGUUGCCAGCGAACAUUGCAGGAGCUGGAUGAAGUGCUGGCUCACCUUGAAGCCCUGUUCUCUCUUAGCCAAGUCCCCCGUGUGCUUUUUAUGCUUGGAGGGUCUAUAAUCCUCCCCACCGAGCUGUAUGAGAUCAACAUGGACGCAGUAGCCGUCGGGGCUGGAGAAAACAGUUUAAGGACCUCAGCAUGUCUAAGACAGGUCUUCCGCACACUCUUUGUGGCCGACUUGCUGUCGGAUGUGAAGUCUGUUCGUCUCAUGACCACCACAGUGAUGGCUUUGGGUCACAGGGAUUGUGGCGUGACUGGAUUGAAACCAAAACUAGAUUUUAGGGUUCCCACAAAAGUGAAACGACAGGUCAUCUCUAUAGCUAGUGAUUUGUCCCUCGUCGGGGAGCUGCAAAAAUGUAACCGGGACCUGGAGGAUUAUAUAUGGUUUCAGGUUCCUGUCACUGUCAAAGGUUUUUGUAAAUGAAAAUGUGUGACUGAGGCCGAAAGGGAAUAAAGACUGAUUACAGGG